AUAUUCAACUCACAUCUUUAUUGGAAUUAUAGUAUACACAGUCAUCUACUGCAAAGCGUUCCUGCAUGGAUGACGUCAGCGACACCGCGUGGACAAUGGCGGCCUAAUCAGUCUUAUCUCACCUCCACACCAGCAGCACCGCAUCCUACCAUCACAUUUCCAAUCCAUCAUCCUCGAAACUAAUAAUCCCCAUGGCAACAGCAGCAGUAUUCGGCUCGACCGGAGCCGUCGGCUCCCAAAUCCUAGCCGCCCUUCUCGCAACAGACACCUACAGCCACAUCAAGACCAUCUCCAGACGCCUCCCAACAGCUACAUCCCCCAAGCUCGAAGCGCUCAAAGAGAGCGACACCACAAAAUGGGGAUCCAUGAUCUCGACCCUCUCUCCCAAACCAUCAUCCGUCUUCAACGCUAUCGGCACCACCAGGGCCGCAGCGGGUGGAGUUCAGAAUCAGUGGAAGAUCGACCAUGAUCUGGUGAUUGAGAACGCGCGGGCUGCUAAGGAGGCGGGAGUCCAGACGUAUGUGUUUGUGUCUUCUGCGGGAACGAGGGGUCUCUUGUCGGGUUAUGUGCCGUAUUCGAAGAUGAAGGUCGGGGUGGAGGAUGCGAUUCGGGAGUUGGGGUUUGAGCAUGCGGUUAUUUUGAGACCGGGGAUGAUUAUCGGGCGGGAGACAUCCAAGGCUCCGUUGUUGGAGAAGGCUGUGGAGUGUUUGAGUGUGUUGGGGCAGGGAGUGCAGGAUCGGAUUGGCCAGGAUCAAGCUACUAUCGGAAGAGCUGCUGUUGCGGCUGCGCGGAUGGUCGAAGAGGGCAAGGCGCCGGAGAAAUACUGGGUCUUGGAGAUGGCUGAUAUUGUCAAGCUGGGGAGGGAUGAGUGGAAGUGAUCUCUUUCUUUUCUUCUUUUCUUCAUGUCAAGCUGGUUAUAUAUGGAUAUAAUACAAAUAUGGUAGGUCAGACUGGUAAUAGUGAAUAAAUAUCUUCUAUCAAGCAA